AUCCCAAACCUAAUCUUUACAUAUUUUUCUCCUUUUCUCCAAGAGAAAAAAUAAUUUACAGGCUUUUUUCGUUUCAAAUUCCUGGCCACACUACUUCAGUCGGCGCGUGGCAGUUAUUCAGGUGUCGCGUGUUGGUAACGCUAUUCCUUUCAUGGUUUUGCUCUGUCGAUCCGAAUCGGGAAUCCCUCGCCGGAACUCUACCGGCUCCCGAUAAUUUGAUGGCAUCCGCCAUUUUAGUGAAUCGAAGCGAUUCAAAUUGGCCAUCGCAGCCGAAAGGGAGUAUCGCCAAAUUCAUGGGCAAGGUUCCCUCAAAAGGAACAAAACCAAACCAUAACCCUAAAUUCAACAAGAAGCGUCAAUUUCACCAUCAUUUGGCUCCACCCGAUGACGUUGCUGGCCAUGUCGUCGAUGAUUCUCCAGCCGUGACCCAAUUCAUAGCUUCUGAUGAUGCAUCGUCAAUUAAUCGGAAGCUGAGCGAUUUUAACUCCGGCGUCUACGUCAGCUUCCGUGUCAGCUCUUAUUCGAGGAAAGAGUUGAUUGAUCUGAAAAUUCAGUUGGUUACCGAGUUGGAGCAGAUUCGUGAAUUGAGGAAUCAAAUUGAGUCGAAUGAUUCUUGUGUUAGAUCCAGCUCCAACAAGAAAGCGUUAUCCAAGAAGAACAUUUCUGGAAACAAACGGCCUUUCCCUUCAAAUUUCAGCAAAGAAUUGCAGAGAUUAGACCCUCAAGAGAAUGGGAAAGUAUCAACGGGUCAAUUGAUGAAAAGUUGUUCCCAAAUCUUGAACAAAUUGAUGAAAAACAAGCAUGGGUACAUCUUUAAUUCGCCGGUGGAUGUGGUCGGAAUGGGUCUUCAUGAUUAUUACAAUAUAAUCAAGAAACCGAUGGAUCUAGGCACGGUGAAAUCGAGGAUGGGAAAGAAUUUUUACGAGUCUCCAUUGGAAUUUGCGGCGGAUGUGAGGCUCACUUUCAAUAACGCCAUGUUGUAUAACCCUAAGGGACACGAGGUUUAUGCGUUGGCUGAGCAAUUACUUGCAAGAUUUGAGGAGUUGUUUCGGCCGUUGAGCUUGAAAUUGGAGCAGCAAGACGAGCCACACAAAAGGGAUUAUUACGAGGAAAAGUUGCAGGCGAGUUCUUGGGAUCAUGAUGAAGCCGAUUGGUUGAAGAGAGAUGGGGAAAUGGAGGAUGAGGGGAUAAUGGUUGAUCGAGCAGAUUCAGCUAAUUUUGUUGCAAGAUCUGAUAGAAAUGGAGGGUUUCCUGGAUUUGUUUCAAGCUCGAAUCCACCACCGCCACCUCAGUUGCAACUGCAGGCGCCAGCCAGGGUGGCUUCACCGGUAAGGCCGCCACCGUUGAAGCCAUUGAAGCAGCCGAAGCCAAAGGCCAAGGAUCCAAACAAGAGGGAAAUGAGUACGGAGGAGAAGCAAAAGUUGGGGAUGGGAUUGCAGAGUUUACCGCAGGAGAAGAUGGAUAAUAUAGUUCAGAUUAUAAGGAAAAGGAAUGGGCAUUUGAGGCAGGACGGUGAUGAGAUUGAACUUGAUAUUGAGGCAAUGGAUACAGAGACGUUGUGGGAGUUGGACCGGUUUGUCACUAAUUACAAGAAGAUGGUCAGCAAGAUGAAGCGGCAAGCAUUGAUGGCAAACAAUGCAGUAUCUAAUGACAGCCAUAGGGAAGAGGCAACUACCGAGAAGAUUGAGGUUCCAAUGGAGAUGAAGAAGCCAAAGAAAGUUGACGCCGGAGAGGAAGAUGUCGAUAUUGGGGAUGAAAUGCCAACGAGUAGUUUCCCACCCGUGGAGAUUGAGAAGGAUAAUGUUGGUGCUAGUAGUAGUUCUAGCAGCUCCAGUAGUUCGAGUAGUGAUUCGUCAUCUUCAAGUGGUUCAGAUUCUGGGAGUUCUUCAGGAAGUGAAUCGGAUGCCGAUGAUGCUCGAUCUUAGAAGGAUGAGCUAUUGAUUUUGAAGCUUGUGAAGUGAGAUUUUGGGGGCAAUCAAGGGUUGGGGGUGUAGAUGAGGGUAGAGUUGGCUAACAUACUGAAAAGAAUAGAUGUGGAUUCCAAAUAGUGUUGAAUGCCUGCAGAAUUGAACCAUUUCCCCCUUAUAUUUUUUUGUGGAUGUACAGGGUUGGGGGGUCGUUUUAAUGUCGUGUGAAUUGUAAUGGUUGCUCUCUUUAGUGGGGGGAAUUGCAGUGAAGAGAGUUUGGUGGAAUAUGGGUAGCAUUGGCAUUAACCCUGAAAAAGGGGGGGGG